AUGACUUUUUCAAAAGGGGAACUGAGAAAGGGUACAUUUCUGCGCAGAGCCCAACUCUGGCGUGCCUUGGACACGCUCCUGGGCUCCCUGCCUUUGAGGUCCUCUGUAGUUCUAAUGGGAGAUUUCAAUGCAACGCUGGAGCCAUCUCGGCACGUGGCUGGAAGUGGCAUUAAGCUGGGGGGGCAAAGCCCUGAUGUGCUGGUGGAUCGCCGUGCAAUCAUGGAUGUUUUGCGUAGACACAAGCUCUGUGCGCUCAACACUUGGAGCAAAGUUAGCCCCACUUACGAGCAUCCAAAGGGCAUCUCUCAGAUUGAUUAUAUCUGUAUACGACAGGCCCUUGCAGAUGGCAGAUCCAAGCAGUGCGGAGUACUUCCAGCCCCCAUUGCAGCAUGGAGACCCUCCGGUCAUCAUGUCCUCACUGCCGAUCUCCCCCUGAACUGGCAGCCGUGGAAGCAUAGCCGACAAACCUCCAAAACUCGGACAACACAAGUCUUCCCGCAGGUUGCCGAAGUUGUGGAAGAGGCCGCGGUCUCGCUGGACAGAAUCUCCGGCUCCUUGAGGCAGCACAGUGACAGACCAGCGGCCAAGCCCACCAAGCCGGUUCAGGAUUGCUUCAGUGCUAUGAAACACUAUGUGGCGCUCCACAGGGCGCACACCAAGCUCAAGCGUGCAGCACGCGCUCGCAAGCGUGACCAGACUCUGUCGCUUCUCAAAGGGGCGGAGCAGGCAGCUGCUGCUCGUGACUCUAGGCGCCUGUAUCAGUAUGUUCGACUGCUUUCUCCUAAGGGGGCUUCUAAGAGGGUCAAUCUUCGCGGCGCCAAGGGAGAACUGCUUGAGCCAUCCCGGGAAAGAACUCUGCUUGUUGAGUACGCUAGAGAGCUCUUCACGGGUGACCCCUUCGAUGAGUAUGCCCUCUUGCCACUGCCGGAGGAGUGGUUCUCUUCGGAUGCGUGGGUUCGAGCACUCCGUAAACAACGUAGUCACAAAGCGGCGCCCCUUGGGUCAGCCUCAGUUCAGGCCUGGAAGGACAACGCAGAGCUCGUAGCUGAGCCUUUGAGUCGUAUUGCUGUAGCGGAGUUGUGUUCGCAAGCGCCUACAGUGCCAAAGCGAUGGACGACUGCGCAACUAAUUUGGAUUGCGAAGCCCUCGAAGCCGCCAGUGAAGCCGGAAAAUUUGAGAUCGCUGGGGCUAAUGGCAUCAGACACCAAGGCUUUCCUAUACUUGCUUAAAGAGAGAGCAAGCCCUUAUGUACAGGCGCGUAUGGCUAGCCGCCCUCUGUUUGCUUAUAGGCAAGGCACCUCGACCUACGACCCCAUUCUUCGGGCCACCUCUCACUGCCAUCAGGUUCGUGCUCUACUUGCUCAGCACAAGGGGGACCUUGUUUCCAAGAUCAUCAACAAGCAGGAGACCGAACUUACGGGGGGCCUCAUGUGUUCUCUUGAUCUCACACGCGCAUUUGAUCUUGUAGAUCACUCUGCCCUGUACCGCUCCCUGCUUGCGACCAAUAUGCCGGCCUGCUUAGCGAGUGUGCUCAUUGAAGUUCAUCGCAAGACAUGUCUCAGCAUUGCACAUGGUGGUGACACAGAGUGCUUUUCUAUGUCUCGUGGGCUGCGUCAAGGUUGCCUUGUUGCACCCAUGCUGUGUGCGGCGUGGGUCUGCCAGUUCUGCGCUGACCUUGAUGAGGGUACUGAAGCCGGGUUUUCGCUUGAACAUGUGUCAGUGUUUGCAGAUGACAAGCAUCUCUUCUGGGAGAUUCACAGCAAGUCUCAAUUCCACAAGGCUGUAAGACAACUCCACUAUGCAAUUUGCCUCCUUGAAGAGCGGAGCACGCAGGUCAGCUUCCUCAAGUCUGCGGUCGUCUAUGCGCUUCGGGGGCGCGCUGCAGAGGAGAUUGUAGGACGAUACACCGCCUGGUUUCGGGGAGAGAGACACUUUCUGCUCCGCAGUAAGACACGGACCAUUAAGCUCCCAGUACAUGAUCGUUUGGUCUACUUGGGCGUGGUCUUGUCCUAUGGCGCGUUUGAGAUGCAGUCUGCCAGACACCGAGCGGACAAAGCAGCACAAAACUUUGGCAUGCUCAGCAAGCCCCUUAGAAUGAACGGCGCGCUAAGCAAGUCAAUCCGUUUGCGCAUAUACAGGGCAUGCAUCUGGAGUACGCUCUCCUAUGGUUUGAUUGCUGUAGGGUUUACGGCGGGCAGCCUCCAGCACGUGAUUAGUACAGCGGCGCGGCAGCUCCGUAAAGUCCUGAGAAUGCACGAGAAGGGCACCACUAACAAAGCCAUCCUGGAAGCAGCAACACUAGAUGUGACGUCGAUUCUGCUGGAGCAGGCUAGAGGGCAACUCUCACGCAUUCAGUCCAGGGAAGUGGAAGGAUGCGCUCUUGUCUGCCGUAUUGAGCGGGAGAGAGUGGGCGUUGUUCUUGAGCAACUGGAAACCUUCACGACGCAAGUUUCUCAGGGUAGACUGCAGGCUGUUGUCGCUGAUCAGGCGCCACGUGUCGAGUGUCCUAUUUGUGGUAUAGAGUUUGCUGGGGACUACGGGCUCCAGAUGCAUAUCAAGGCGAAGCACACUGAGAUUAACCAGCGCUCGCCGAUUGAUUUUGUGAGGAGCAAGCACAGUCUACAUGGAGCGCCAUUCUGUAGAUUCUGUCAUGCGCGUUGUUACAACUGGCAAGCUCUUGAAAAGCACAUUGCGGAAGGAGCCUGUCCUCGUAUCAAGGAUGCCUUAGCAAGAGACAUCACAAUUGAGGUGUUGUAUGAGCAAGUACUCCAGGAAGAAGCAGCUAAUCCCCCUGUUCCUCCCAGUGAGCUGGCCUGCACUACAACACAGUUCCUUGACUCCAAGCACCCAGUGCUCACAUGCCCCUUCCAUGAGGUUCCGACACACUUGAAUGCGUUUGACACCCUGCGUCUCAGAUGUGGUCUUUGUGGUCAAGUACUACGCGAGGCGAAUACGGUGAAAACACAUUGGAGAAGCACGCAUCCUCUAGCCUGGGAGUAUGUGAGGGUUGAAGCUGAGCGAGCAGCCAAAGCAAUGAGUGCAAUCUUUGUUUCUCCGUGCAGAUUUUGUGGACUUUCCAACAAACAAGCCUCCCAGCAUGCCACGAGAUGUCCAGCCUUCUUUCAAGUUUCUGCGCUGAGAUGGAUUCAGAGCACGGGCAAGGACCCCUUGGUGCUUGAGGGAGCCAAGUCAAGUCGACCUAGGCUACGUGUCCCUGAGUACAAAACUUGGCGAGCCAGCAACACUCAGAUUGGUCGUGCCUUUGGCCUACAGCAGCAGCCAAACACCUCCGCCGCAGUCCACACCGCGACGACCGACUCCGCCCACGGCGUCACUACACCAGCUUUGCACCGUGAAGGCAAUGCCCGUGACCGCACCCAUCACACUGGCCUACACAGGUUCUUCAGCAAGAAAGGGGAGGUUGGUGGUGGUCAGAUGAGGGAUGGUGUUGGGGCAGUUGGCAUGGCCGAUAUUCCGUGGACAUGUCAAGUACAACUCCGCAAUCCACACUCGCUGUGCUACGUCAACGCUUGCACACAUGCUUUGUUGCACCUGCUUUAUGCCUCUGGCCAGGAGUAUGGCAACUUGGAGUUCUUGCACCAGGCAUGUCGGUCCUCAUUGCGGCAUGGUAUGUCUCUCACUCUUAGCACGCUGUUUAUGUUCAGGAGCCUUCUGCCGAAUUGGCAGUACAAUGAUGUUCAGCGUGACGCAGCUGAGUACGCCAUGCUCUUACUUGACUCUCUGCGUAUGCUCGGCAGUUUGUGGCAUCUUCUCCCCAGAGGUUUGUUUGAUGACCCUCUAGAGCAAGGAGGCACUCCACUAAUGAUGAGCUUGCCCGACAACCCGUGCACCCUGCAGGACAUCAUUGAUGCGUGGCAGUCUCCGGAGCCUGGCACUCAACGACUGCUUCGACAACACAGCGGCCAGCUUGCAACACAGCUUGACAGGUACAAUGCGGGCAACAAACUCUUCACCGAAGUGAGCUUCGAGGAUGAGGUCAGCAUUGCAGUGUGUCCUCUCGCUGGUGCACUUGAGCAUCAGCGCUUUUCCGUCUCCUCUGCAAUCAUGCAUACAGGUCACAUGACGGGACAUGAUUUGCAGUUGGUGGAGGAGGCCUUCUUUGACUCGUAUGUUCCUAGCGGAGUCAAGCUUGAGGAACGCAAGAUGGACAUAGAUGACCGGUCAUACAAAGAACCUCGCCGUGAGCUGGAUCAACGCAAAGGCGGUCAAGGCAGAGACGGCAGGGGCAAGGGGCGCUCUGACGCGGGGAGAUCGGCUCCCAGGGACAGAGAGUCCCGUGAUGGUGGGAACAGACGUGGCUAUCGUGGCCGUUCAGACCGCGACUCUCCUGACCAGGAGGUAGCUGACCUGCGGGCAUCCAUCCAGAGUUUACAGCGCCUUGUUCUACGCCAUGAAGACUCCAUUGGGCUGACACAGGCGGACUACUCCUUCGUUGCCUUCCUGCGUGUCACUUCGGCCUCUUCGGUAGUGCCAGCAUUGUACUCUGCACAGCGUGCCUGGCGCGACUUGCGCGACACAGAUCCCGCCAAGAUCUCCAAACCCAUGCGACGCAGUCUUCUUUCGUGUCUCUUUAGGGAGUUGGUUGCCCGAAUGCGCAGCCUCGACUCAGAGGAGGAGAACACGCAGAGCCUCAAGAAGUUGGGAUGGCUGACAGAGGACUUAUGCUCCUGGAACUUCCUUCACUGGUCUGUUGAGCAGAAGCGGCUGGUCGUUGAUGAUUCCCGCGCUCCCCUCAAGAAGGCGGAGACGAUCAACCUCGUGGACAAGAUCAUCGGCCAAGUGGCUGAGCCAGGCUUGGUGGUUCGCUUUCACCCAACCCGGCCGUUGACGGCAUCGAUGACGGGUGACUCCUUAACGUGCUGCUUGCAGGUGUCAGCUCGCGAGGCUAGGGCGGCCACGCUCUAUGAGGAUCUUGCUGUGCUCUCCGGUUUGGCGUGCACUCAGCUGAUCGGAAUGGGCUUGCGUAAAGAUCGCGCAAGUCGCUCUGCGCUAGCGCAGGCCAUAGCCAAGUCAAUGUAA